UGCAGGCAGAAUGUUCCCCUCUCAUUUAUUUGCCGGUGAGGUUGGACAGUGAAAGAUGCAGCUCUUGGACAGAUAUCAAGAAACACACCUUCAUGACCUCCCACUGGCUGUCUCUGCACUAUAUCUGUGCCAGGGGUGCUAGGGGAAGCCCAGAGAUCUGCCAUCCUGAGGAAGAUUAUGGCUCCGUGUAUGAAAUGGCUGUUGAACUGCAAGAGAUUUUUAAUUAUAUUUAUUACACCACUACUGCUGCUGCCACUGCCACUUCUCAUUCAAACAAAGGAAGCCAGCUGUGCCUACGCCAUCAUCCUAAUGGCAGUCUAUUGGUGUACAGAAGUGAUUCCGCUUGCUGUCACUGCACUGAUACCUGUUCUUCUGUUUCCAAUGUUUGGAAUUCUGGAAUCGAAAAAGGUGUGCAUGCAGUACCUUAAAGACACCAACAUGCUCUUUGUGGGAGGCCUGAUUGUGGCUGUGGCAGUAGAACACUGGAACCUACACAAGCGCAUUGCUCUGAAAGUUCUUCUCAUUGUUGGUGUGAGACCUGCUCUACUUAUGUUGGGAUUUAUGGGGGUUACUGCAUUCCUUUCGAUGUGGAUAAGUAACACUGCCACCACAGCCAUGAUGGUUCCUAUUGUCCAGGCUGUUCUUAGUCAGCUCAACAAUGCUGAAGAUGAUCCAGCCAUGCUAGAAUCCCUGGAAGGACAGACCAACCCAGCACUGGUGCUAGAGAAAAAAAAUGCCAUACCUAUGGAACCUGUUCAGAUUGUGAGUAAUGGGCAUAUGCCCGAGGUCCACGUGGAAGUCCCUGAGAAAGAUGAAAGAAAACGUAUUUCUAAGGGAAUGAUGCUUUCCGUAUGCUAUGCUGCAAGUAUUGGAGGAACUGCUACAUUAACAGGGACAGGCCCAAACCUUGUGCUAAAAGGACAAUUUACCCAAAUUUUCCCAAACAACGGAGAUAUACUGAACUUUGCUUCAUGGUUUGGGUUUGCAUUUCCCAAUAUGGUUGUUAUGUUGUGCAUGAGUUGGUUCUGGCUGCAGUUGUCCUUUAUGGGAUUCAACUUUAAGAAGACAUGGGGAUGUGGAGCUACAGCCUCUGAAAAAGAACGAUCGGCCUAUAACGUCAUCCGGGAAGAAUACCGCAAGCUGGGACCCAUUUCCUAUGCAGAGUCUAGUGUACUGUUUCUCUUCAUUCUACUGGUGUUGCUUUGGUUUACCAGAGACCCUGGCUUUGUCGUCGGCUGGGCUACAGUUCUCUUCAAUAAAGACAACAUAGAGUAUGUAACAGAUGCUACAGUAGCUGUGUUUGUUGCUUUUCUACUUUUUAUUCUACCGGCUACCAAACCAAAGAUUGGCUGUUGUAAAACAAGAAAAAGCUUUGAUCUAGAAGACUUUGAAGAAGAACAGAAAGACACGUUUUUUUCUACACCAUUACUAACAUGGAAGGUAGUCCAAAAGAAGAUGCCCUGGAGCAUUGUGAUUCUCCUGGGAGGAGGAUUUGCUUUGGCAAAAGGGAGUGAUGCUUCUGGUCUGUCUCAUUGGCUGGGACAACAGAUGACUCCUCUGCACAGUAUUCCACCAUGGGCUAUUGCUAUUAUCUUGUGUCUGAUAAUCGCUGUAUUCACAGAAUGUGCCAGUAAUGUUGCAACUGCAACACUUUUUCUGCCUAUCCUUGCAUCCAUGACCAGAUCCAUUGAGGUUAAUCCGCUGUACAUCAUGAUUCCCUGCACACUCAGCACAUCUUUUGCCUUUAUGCUCCCUGUGGCCACGCCACCAAAUGCCAUUGUCUUCUCUUAUGGGCAUCUCCGUGUUUCAGAUAUGGUAAAAACAGGCAUUGUCAUGAACAUCAUUGGAAUUAUAUGCACAACAUUAGCUAUCAACACCUGGGGACGUCCCAUAUUCAGCCUAGACACAUUCCCGCAGUGGGCCAACAUCACAGACUAGAAAGAUACUAUUUCUAUAGACCUAUGAGACUGCGAGUCAUUGCCAUGAUUCUACAGACAAUAUUAUCAGUGCAUCUACCUUUAAAAAGUACUGUUAAGAUAAGGCACAAAGAUUUAAAUCCUUUAUCUUCUAUACCAAGGAAUUGUGCAGAGUUUCUCUACCAGUUCAGUUUGAAGAACAUGAGAUUUGAACAAAAGAUGAUGCGAACAAGGAAGAAAUAUAAUGAUAAUAAUAGAUUGCUGCAAUCGUGCAACUGGCUGCAGGGGUUCUGUUUUGUAGCCUCUGUGCAUUGGGCAAAACAUCAACAUCUCUCUUUUUAAAUCAACCACCAUGAAAAUUACUGUUCAGUCCCUUUGGCCUGGAUCAUCAUUGGCUCUGUAUGUAACAGACUGCUUCCUAUGUAACAGACCCACAAUUGCUAAUAGGAAAAACAGUGACCAUGCUGAUGUUCUUCUACGUGGAGCAGAGGUGUUUUGGUUUGAGAAACCUCAGAAUAUUUUGUAAAUUAAAUAUGCAUUUGUAAAUGUACAUUGCUAUAUGUGUAGGUAUUGGCAAACCCUUGGAAAAAAGUUUUGUAAUAUAUAAUCAAGAAUGAAUCAGAGUGAGAAUCAAAAACAAAUUAUGAAAUGGGCUUGCUUACCAGUUUGACAUUAUCCAGACCCUUCAUUGGUCCUUGUCUUUGCUCCAGAGGCUUGAGUUCAGUUUAUAUACAGUUGUAUAGCCAUGGAGGAAGCAUUUCAAAUAGAAACAGAGAUUCAUAUGUUUUACCAAACAUUUUACAUUUAACUAUUUCCUUUUCAGAAAAGAUUACAAAAAACAUUGUGAUGUUAGAGCCAAGCACUUGAUGUUAGAGCCCAGCACUUAUGCUGAGCAGUUAAACAUGAUGAACCAUUCAUCUACUUUGAUUACUGUAUCUGUUUUCUUGACUGUGAGGAAAUUGUUCCUGACAACUAGGAAAGUGUUAAUAAAUGUGAAAAAAAUCAAAUUGUUGACCCAGUAAAUUAUAGUAAGAUAGCCUCAUAUUUCUCAUGCAUUAAAAUAUAGGACAACAUUGGGAUAAUGGGAUAACAAUAGUUAUGCCAAUGAAUAAUCCUUUUUAAAAUUGUGUACACAGUUAUGAUAUCUGUUAUCCAGAAUGCUUGGGACCUGGGAUCUUUCUGUAAUUUGGAUUGUUAUACCAGCCUUACCAUUAAUUAAUAAACCCAAUUGGCUGGUUUUGCUUCCAAUGAGGAUUAAUAGUAUCUUAGUUUGGAUCAAGUACAAGGUAC